AUGACUCCGAAGCUGCCUGCGCGGCUUAAACUCUGCCGCUGCAUCGGCCGGCGGCUCUACGACGAGAACGAGGACCUGUCCGACGUGGAGGAGAUCGUCAGCGUCCGCGGCUUCAACCUGGAGGAGAAGCUGAGGAGCCGCAGCUACCGCGGGGACUUCGUGCGGCCCAUGGACGGCCAAGAUUUCACUUUUGAAUACGUGCAGCAGGAAGCGUUAAAAGUCCCACUCAUCUUCCGAAGUAAGACUGGACUGGGAAUUAAGGAGCCGUCGAAUUGUGGAUGUAGUGGAUGUGAACACCCAAAAAGGCAUUGAAAUGAGCAUGGCUCAAUUCGUGCGCUACUACGAAACCCCCGAGGCGGAGCGCGAGAAGCUGUACAACAUGAUCAGCCUGGAAUUCAGCCACACCAAACUAGCCAACAUUGUCAAGCGUCCCAAUGUGGUACUGCUUGAUGAGCGUCAAAGGAUGCUUCACCGAUUUCCACAUUGAUUUCGGAGGCACUUCGGUGUGGUAUCACGUCUUCCGGGGAGGGAAG